AUGUCCCACAUAAGAGGCGGUGCGCGGUGUCCUCCCGCAGAGUGCUUGCGAUCUACCUGCUGCUCUCCUCGCAGUGACCGCGCGAUGGCAGCCACGGCGGGGACCGAGGGGCAGGGCGGCGCCGACUCCGGCGAGGCGCCCGCCUACAAGGGCUCGUGCUUCUGCGGCAAAGUGAAGAUCGACAUCAAGGGCCCCGUGGCUUCCUCCUACGCCUGCCACUGUACGGUCUGCCAGAGGCUGCACGGCGCGCCCUUCUCCAUCCACGUCAACUUCGCUCGGGGGUCCAUCGUCCCCACGCCCGAGUCUCAGGUCUUCCUUGCGGGUUUCGAUAGCAGCGAGAAGGUCGUCCGGUACCACUGCAAGGUGUGCGCCUCCCGCGUGUACAACGACAUCGCCGUGGAGGGCUUCGAGUUCGUGGACGCGCCGGUCACGAUCUUCGAGAGGGGUUCGGACGGCAGGGUGCUGGCCUGGGACGCCGUCAAGCCUAAGUGCCACAUCUUCUACAGCACCAGGGUGGAGGACGCCAGCGACAAGCUGCCCAAAUUCGACGCUCUGAUGCCGGGCUGCGAGGCCUACGACCCUGGGAAGCUCCACCAGCCCAGCACGUGA